AUGCAGUCCAAUGAAUCCGGCUAUGACUCUGCAGCAGAGUCAGUCUCCUCGUCGGAGGCCAUACGAGCAGUGAACAGCCUCGUGCGGGCAGACCUGCACGAGGCUCGCGAUGCCUUGCACGGCCCUCCGCUGCUUCUCUACCGUGACCGCGAGGCACACUGGAACAAUGCAAGCUAUGCUCCUGAGAAGGAGUUCACAGAGGGUGGCCGCUGUAAUGGCGGUUGCAGCCCGUGUUUGUUCCACAAUGCGCGACUGGGAUGCCCGAGGGGCGAUGCCUGUCGCUACUGUCACGAACACGACAUCGGAGCGGAGAGGGUGCCACACCGGCCACGCAAGACUCUGCGCCACAAGAUCAAGAGGAAUGCCGAGGAUCUGCUGCGAAGGUUUGACGUGUCACCAGAGCGAGUUCAUGACGAGCUCCAGGUGUUGGCUGCAGGUAGCCAAUUUGCGGUCAACUUCCUGGCAGGCCUUGCCUCAACACAACAACCGAACAACAGAGAAAAGUGGCCAUGA